AUGGUCGCCAUGUUGCCCGCGGAUGCCGACGCCCUCAGCGCCGGCGCCGCCGAGAAGCGCAUCCACGGGCCUGUCACUGAGAGCAGGUGCAAGAAGAAGGCCCCGAGGAAGGUCCACAAGGCCGAGAGGGAGAAGCACAAGCGCGAUCUGCUCAAUGAUCUCUUCGGCGAGCUCGGAGACAUGCUAGAAGCGGACAGGCAGAACAAUGGGAAAGCAUGCAUAUUGACUGACACCACUCGGAUACUUCGGGAUCUGCUUUCUCAGUUAGAAUCUCUCCGAAAGGAGAAUAGCACACUGCUGAAUGAAUCUCAUUAUGUUACAAUGGAGAGGAAUGAGCUGCAAGAUGAGAACGGUGUGCUCCGCAACGAAAUCCUAGAGCUACAAAAUACUCUGGCGACGCGGCUCGCUGGCAAUCCAGGCUGGGACCAUGGCGCAGCCGGGGUGCCUCUCACUGUUCCUCACUCCGCAAGCACAGGUUUCCCAUCGCAGCAGCCUAUGCAAUCACCGGUCAUCGCAAACGCAAUAUUUCCCACACUGCAACAGCCAGCACCACCACGGGAACUUAAGCUCUUCCCAGAUGCAGCAUCCGACAUCGAAGGCCCUGAACCAUCGGAAGACCAGGAGGCCCCCAAUCAUGUUGCGCGGCCGCAGGCAAGAUACCCAACAGAGUCAGCCGCUUGGCCUGUAAGCCUUGGCCUCCCAAGGAUGGAAGAUGAACAAUGUAGCAGUAGCACAACCGGCAGUAGUAAGGAAGGUAGCUCAGGUAGUGAUUGAGUUGGAACUGAUCUACUUAGAUCUCAUCUUGAAAGAGGAUCGAGUAGAUCAGUUCCAACCAAUCAUGAAGUUUCUCUUUGAACGUAGUGAAUAUACACAGUUGGGCAUGUGCGUGUAAAUACCAGACUCCAUCUUGGAUCAGGGAAUGUUAGCUGAGAUGACACUCUUAUGAGAAUAGUAUUUUUUUUCUCA